AUGGGAGAAUUCAAUGUGGAGAAUUUCAACAUUGAAUAUUUCUUCAGUGGUGAAAUUGACAAUUACAAUUAUAGCUCUGACCUGCCCCCCAUUCUACCAGAUGCUGCCCCAUGCCACCCAGAGAGCUUAGAAAUCAACAGAUAUGCUGUGGUUAUAAUAUAUGUCCUGGUAACCCUGCUGAGCCUUGUGGGAAACUCCCUGGUGAUGCUGGUCAUCUUAUACAACCGGAGUUCCUGCUCUGUCACCGACGUCUACCUGCUGAACCUCGCCAUUGCCGACCUGCUCUUUGCUCUGACCUUGCCUGUCUGGGCUGCAUCCAAGGUAAAGGGCUGGACUUUCGGCACAGCCAUGUGCAAGAUAUUCUCAUUCGUGAAGGAAGUCACCUUCUACAGCAGUGUCCUGUUACUAGCUUGUAUCAGCAUGGACCGCUACCUGGCCAUCGUUCAUGCCACAAGCACACUGAUCCAGAAGAGACACUUGGUCAAGUUUGUAUGCAUCACCAUGUGGAUACUGUCCAUAUUUGUGUCCCUGCCCAUCUUAAUUCUACGUAGUACCAUUAGGGUAAACUCUUUAACCCUAGUCUGCUAUGAAAACGCAGGUAACAACACAACCAAGUGGAGGAUGGUGUUGCGCUUCCUGCCUCAGACCUUCGGCUUCCUCCUGCCGCUGAUGGUUAUGUUGUUCUGCUACGGGUUCACGCUGCGCACCCUCUUUAAGGCCCACAUGGGGCAGAAGCACCGGGCCAUGAGGGUCAUUUUUGCCGUUGUGCUUGUCUUCCUGCUCUGCUGGCUGCCCUACAACCUGGUCCUGUUCGCAGACACCCUCAUGAGGACCAAACAGAUCCAGGAGACUUGUGAGCGCCGCUAUGACAUUGACAGGGCCUUGAAUGCUACCGAAAUUCUUGGCUUCCUGCACAGCUGCCUUAACCCCAUCAUCUAUGCGUUUAUUGGCCAGAAGUUUCGCUAUGGGCUCCUCAAGAUCAUGGCUACUCACGGCCUUAUCAGCAAGGAGUUCUUAGCCAAGGAGGGCAGGCCUUCAUUUGUUGGCUCUUCUUCAGGGAACACCUCCACUACCCUCUAAGCCUGUCCACCUACACUGUGGCCCUUCAGGGUCCUUUCUUGUCCUUCAGCAUGGCUCAUGUACACAGAUUGAAUCGCCCACACACAUUUCAAAGUUACAGGGAGACAGAGGCCACAUUCUUACCAGAGUCCCCACUGCAGAGUUUAGAACCCCUACCCUGGCUGUUCCCUCCUUCCAUACUGUAUGCCUACUGAUACAGUUGGUCCAUUCUAACACUGGACCCCAAAUACUCUUUUCUAAGAAGCACAAAUUAGAGUUAGAGUGAGAUACUUCCUCCUACCCGUCAGAAUCCUUACCAGUAAAAGGAAGAGGUAGAGAAGGAGAAGAGAAAAUAGCAAGAAUUAUUAAGGAAGUAGAGAAAGGGAAAGUUUCCGCCUUACUGGUAGACCUGAACGGUAUCCCAGCACAGUGGGACAUAGCAUAUCGCUUUCCUUAAGACAUUAAAUAUGGCAUAGCAUAUCGCUUUCCUUAAGACAUUAAAUAUGGAACUAUCACAUAAUCCAUGAAGUUCACCUCUAAGUAGAUACCCAAAAGAAUUGGAAGCAAGGGCUCAGACAUUUGUAGGUUGAUGCUAACAGCAGCAUUAUUCAAAAGAGUCAAAAGUCAAAACAGCUAAAAUGAUGACCCACAAAUAAAUGGGUAAGUUAAACAAGGUGUGUGCACACAGCAGGAGACCAUCCCACAAUGAAAAGGAACAAGAAACUGACCCAUAUUGCCUCAUGAAUGAGCCUUGAAAGCAUGCUUCCAUGCGGAAUAACAAGACCCCAAAGACAAACAUUGUAAGUUUACACAACUAAAAUGUACAAAGAGUAAGCCGAUAGUGAUGGCUAGAGGCUGGAUGAUGGAGGGUGGGGCAUUUGUGUUUGACGGCACAGCUCUAGUUUAGAAUGAUGGAAGAGUCCUGACUCCUGUGCAGCAGUGUGAAAGUGCUCAUUGCCAUUGCAUUAAAAAAAAAAAAAAAAGUUAAAAUGAGGGCUACGUAUUGUUUACUGGUGGAGUGCUUACUUAACGUUUCUGAGAACUCAGGCUUGAACUCUAGGGCCUCAACCAGUGGGGGGGUGCUAAAAUGGUAAUUUUUGUUAUGUAUGUUUUACCUCAGUUUAUCAAAAAAAAAUUUAAGUCUACUUUAACCACUGAACGAAU